GCUACUCAACGGAGGUCCAACUAACAUGAGGAUAACGGAGUUCAUGUUCCUGACAGUACUGAGCCAAGUCCUAGCUGGCGGAGGCGGCGGGAAGCACCAUGUGCACUUCAAAAUCCACGUACCGGACAUCAUCAAGCACCACAUCCACACAAAGACGGUAUUCGUCCACGUGCACCACGGUGGUGGAAAGAAGAAGAUGGUCCCAAAGAAGAAGGAAACGCACCACCACGAGUCGGGUCACCACGAGGACUGGAGUUCUUGGAGUUCGUACGACGUCCACGGGGGUGACAAGGAGCACCAGCGGCACGUCAAGAGGCCAAGUCAAGGCUACGGCUACCCUUCGGGUCCACAGGUGGAAGAAUUUCACGGACAUCCGGUACCGCCCCCGGAAGAGACGCCGGUAAUGCAUCACGGCGGUGUCGUCGGCUACUCGUACCCGCCGCAAUACGCGAUGCACCCGGAGCUCGGGGAGUUCGGGAGCGUCGAGGAGGCCCCGCACAACGAGGUGAGACCCUACAGAGACGAGUACGAGGAAGGAUACCGGAAGGGCUUGCACACGCAGACAGGCCACGUGCUCUCGGAGGAGCUGAAGAACUUUUAUGACAACCAGUUCGAGGAGGGCGACGACGAAGCUCAGACCGGACACAAUAACGGGUACAAGAUCUUUGAGGAGUCAGAAGAUGCUGACGCUGCCGGUGAACACGGUGACGGCUACGUUUCGGCAAUCAUGGACUCAAGAUAAAGAAAAAUUGCGUUCGAACUACUUCGACAAGCGAAAGUGCAGACGGUGCGGAGUGAUUAAUGUCGAAAGAAAAGAGACUCUGCAGUUCACGGUGAUUGAUUCAACGCCGAGAUCAACUCGAAUCGUAAAGUUUCUCCGAACUUACAAAUAAUUAUUCUAGAGUAGCGUAGCUUUUUUUUUUGUUUUUUUUACACUAUUUAACUAGGUCGACGACAAAUUAGUUUCGUACUUCUUUUAUACCUAUAACGUACAUUUUUUAUUUCCU